AUGCAAUUAUCAUUAACCGUAUUAACUUCCAUUCUUUCAGUUUUAUCAUUGACUGAAGGAAAAACCAGUAUUAAAUUAAACAGGGUUUCAAAUGAUGAGACCUUAAACCCUUCCAUGUUUAAAGAAUACACAAAAUCAUUAGCUAAUAAGUAUAGUAGAUUCAGUGAACAUAGAGAUUUACCAGGAGGUGUUGGACAAGUCCCAUUCUUAGAAGAUUCAGUUGAAAUUAAUAAAGCUGGUCAUGAAAUCCCAUAUUUAGAAGAUUUAGUUGAAAAUAAUAAAGCUGGUCAUGAAAUCCCAUUACAAGAUUAUUCUAAUGCCCAAUAUUUUGCUGAAGUUGAAGUUGGUACCCCAGGUCAACCAUUCAAAGUCAUUUUAGAUACCGGUUCAUCCAAUUUUUGGAUUCCUUCAAAAGAUUGUUCAUCAUUAGCUUGUUUCUUACAUGCUAAAUAUGAUCAUGAUGCUUCAUCAACUUAUAAAGCCAAUGGUACUGAAGUUCAAUUGAAUUAUGGUAGUGGUUCAGUUGAAGGUUAUAUUUCAACCGACAACUUCAAAAUUGGUGAUGUUGUUGUUCCAAACCAAGCAUUGAUUGAAACUACCUCCGAACCCGGUUUAGCUUUUGCCUUUGGUAAAUUCGAUGGACUUUUCGGUUUAGCUUACGAUUCAAUUUCUGUUAAAAAAAUGGUCCCACCAGUUUAUAACGCUAUUUCUCAAGGUUUAUUAGAAGAACAACAAUUUGCUUUCUACUUAGGUGAUGUCAAUAAAGAUGAAAAUGCUGGUGGAGAGUUUGUUUUAGGUGGUUAUGAUGAAGCUCAUUUCAAUGGUAAAAUCACUUGGUUACCUGUUAGAAGAAAGGCUUACUGGGAAGUUUCUUUUGAUGGUAUUGGAUUAGGUGAUGAAUUCGCUGAAUUAAAAAAUUACGGUGCUGCCAUUGAUACUGGUACUUCAUUAAUUGCUUUACCAUCAUCAUUAGCUGAAAUCUUAAAUGCUAAGAUUGGUGCUACCAAAGGAUGGUCAGGUCAAUACUCAAUCGACUGUGAAGCCAGAAAUUCUUUACCUGAUUUAACCAUUAACUUUGGUGGUUACAAUUUUACUUUAUCACCAUUCGAAUAUACUUUAGAGAUUAGUGGUUCAUGUAUUUCAGCUUUUACUCCAAUGGAUUUACCAGCUCCUUUUGAAACCCUUGCCAUUAUUGGUGAUUCAUUCUUAAGAAAAUACUACUCCAUUUAUGAUAUCAAGAAAAAUGCUGUCGGUUUAGCAACUGCUGUUUAA